CAUGACGUUGCGCCAUUCUUUUACGGUAUGACGUUGCACAAUUUACGGAAAACUAUAAAAGGAACAGUGCUAACGUUGGCCUGCCAGAACUAGUACCAGAACUGACUAUGAGUCUUUCAAGUCCUCCACUCUGUCCGCCUUUCUAUUACAAAGGCGUCCGGUUCAUGCCUUUUGCCGAUCGACGGGCGGUAGAACUGGUGGAGUCAUUUGAAGUGAGAAAGGAUGACGUUUUCGUGUCAGCUUACCAAAAGUCAGGUAAGGCACAGAUCAUCUACUGCGCGAGGAAUGUGAAAGAUGUCAUCGUGUCCUUCCACAACAUGAGAGCUGCCGCCGAAGGCCUUCCGACGGGAACGUUCGACGAAAACUUCCAAGAGUUCAUCAAUCCUGAGCAAGCUUACUUCGGUUUCUGGUGGGACGUGGUUCCGGAGUACUGGCGACACAAGGAUGACGACAACCUGCUUUUCAUCAAGUAUGAAGACAUGAAGCGGGACCUGCGAGGCCACGUGGUGAAGAUCGCAAACUUCCUGGGCAAGACUCUGUCAGACCAGCGCAUAGACGAAGUGGUGGCGAACUGUACCUUCUCCGCCAUGAAGGAGAAUCCUGCUACCAACGUCACCAAGAACCCCAUCUUCAAACAGAGAGGAGCGAAAGAUUUUGAAUUCAUGCGGAAAGGAGAGGUUGGCGACUGGAAAAACUGGCUAUCACCGGAACAGAACGAGACUCUUGAUGCAAUCUACCGGGAGAAAAUGAAGGGCGUUGAUCUGACUUUUGAGUUCGAGUAGUCUCACAAAGAACACUGCAUAGUCCUAAUAUCAAAGGCAACAGAUAUCCGAGAUGUUGUGAUGCAUUUUUUUUUAUAAAAUAAAGAUCAUGAUUCUUAAAUAU